CAGUAACAAGAGGGAAGGAGCUGCUGCUUUCCGUGUUCUGUAUCCAUUAUGAAUCUCAAGGUGGUCCUCGUGUUUCUGGCACUGUCCCUUAUCACCAUAUUUGCCUUGACCUACGUCUUGCUGACCAGUCGAGGCAAUUCCAGCCAGCCUCUCCGCUGUCCUUCCACAUCUCCCAGUGCCCAGCCCUGGACACACCCUGGCCCGAGCCAGCUGUUUGCAGACCUGAGCCCAGAGGAGCUGGCGGCUGUGAUGACCUUCCUGACCCUGCACCUGGGGCCAGGCCUGGUGGAUGCCGCCCAGGCCCGGCCCUCAGACAACUGCGUCUUCUCUGUGGAGCUGCAGCUGCCUUCUAAGGCGGCAGCGCUGGCCCACUUGGACCGGGGGAGUCCCCCACCUGCCCGGGAGGCGCUGGCCAUCGUCUUCUUUGGGGCCCAGCUCCAGCCUAACGUGAGUGAGCUGGUGGUGGGACCACUGCCCUACCCCUCGUACAUUCGGGAUGUGACUGUGGAGCGUCACGGGGGUCCCUUGCCCUAUCACCGCCGCCCCGUGAUGAAUGCCGAGAUUGCCCAAAUGUGGAAGUUUUUGAAAGAGGUGGAGUUCCCCAAGGCACCAAACUUCCUGGCUUCUGUCUUCGCUUAUAAUGGCUCAACGCUAGCCCCUGUCCUUGCCACCCCUCAUGGCCUGCACUCAGGGGACCGUGCUACCUGGAUAGCCCUCUGUCAUAAUGUCUCAGGGCUGGGCUUUUUUCUUCAUCCAGUGGGCCUGGAGCUGCUGCUGGACCACAGGGCCCUGGACCCUGCCUACUGGGCUAUCCAGCAAGUUUUCUACCUUGGCCACUACUAUGCAGACUUGGGCCAGCUGGAAUGGGAAUUUAAAGCUGGUCGGCUGGAAGUAAUAGAAGUUCCUCUGCCACUUCCAAAUGGACCUUCAUCCCUGAGGUCUCAGGUACCCCCAGGUCCUCUUCCUCCUCUUCAGUUGUCACCCCAAGCUCCCCAAUACAGUGUACAAGGGAACCUGGUUGUAUCUCCAUUUUGGACGUUCAGUUUUGGCCAUGGGGUGUUCAGCGGUUUGAGAAUGUUUGAUGUUCGGUUCAGGGGUGAGAGAGUGGCUUAUGAAGUCGGCGUCCAGGAAUGUCUGUCUGUCUAUGGUGCUGAUUCCCCUAAGACAAUGAUGAUCCGCUACCUGGAUAGCACUUAUGGACUUGGCCUCAACAGCCGGGGCUUGGUGCGGGGGGUGGACUGCCCCUAUCAGUCUACAAUGGUGGACAUUCAUGUAAUGGUGGGACAAGGGGCAGUCCAGCUACACCCAGGAGCCGUAUGUGUGUUUGAGGAGGCCCCAGGACUACCCCUUCGGAGGCACCACAACUACCUUCAGUCUCAUUUCUAUGGUGGUUUGGCCAGCUCAGCCCUGGUAGUCAGGUCUAUCUCCUCAGUGGGCAACUACGACUACAUUUGGGACUUUUUGCUGCACCCCAACGGGGCACUGGAAGGGCGGGUCCACGCCACAGGCUACAUCAGCACAGCAUUCCUGAGCCAGGAGGAAAGCCUCCUGUUUGGGAACCGAGUUGGGGAACAAGUGCUGGGGGCUGUGCACACACACGCCUUCCACUUCAAGCUGGACCUGGAUGUAUCAGGGCUGAAAAACUGGGUGGUAGCUGAAGACGUGGUGUUUAAGCCUGUGGCAGCCCCUUGGAACCCAGAAUACCAGCUGCAUCGGCCUCAGCUAACCCGGCGGGUACUGGCAAGGGAGGACUUGGCGGCCUUCCCCCAGGGCAGCCCUCUUCCUCGAUACCUUUACUUGGCUAGCAACCAGACUAACGCCUGGGGUCACCAGCGUGGGUACCGGAUCCAGAUCCACAGCCCCCCAGGCAUUCACAUGCCCCUGGACAGUAGCAUGGAGAAGGCCCUCAGCUGGGGGAGAUACCAGCUAGCAGUGACACGAAGAAAGGACGAGGAGGCCUGGAGCAGCAGCAUCUAUUACCAGAGUGACAUGACCCCCACGAGGCCCUUUGCUGACUUCAUCAACAACGAAACCCUCUUAGGAGAGGACCUGGUGGCUUGGGUGACUGCCGGCUUGCUGCAUAUUCCUCAGGCUGAGGAUGUCCCCAACACAGUGACUCUGGGGAAUAGAGUGGGCUUUUUGCUUCGUCCCUAUAACUUCUUCGAUGAGGACCCUUCCAUCUUUUGCCCGGGAAGUGUCUACUUUGAGAAGGACCAAGAUGCUGGACUCUGCAGUGUCAACCCCGUGGCCUGCGUCCCUCACCUGGCAGCCUGUGUCCCGGAUCUGCCUCCCUUUUCUUACAAGGGAUUUUAACCUGAGACUGUGGUGGAACUCAGGAGUUUGGGGUAGGGAGGGGGAACCUCCCCUGUUGCCACUUCCAGCUCCCCUCACCCCCAGCCUUUCAGUGUUUCUUAUGAGGCCUCCCCAUUCCCACUCAAAAUCCCCAACCGUCACUUUGGCUCAUUCAGAUCUCCAGUUUAUCUUUUUCACAGCGUCACGUUUAUGCCAAUGAUGA